CAGAUCCGCAUGCGCACUGGCUCGAGGGCGGGGUCUGUACAUUGACAUCCGGGAGUCUGGUUGCCUGUGGCUGUUUUGUUUUCUUUUGCAGAACUGGAGUUGCGAGAGGCCACUGAAAGCGGCGACUCCCGGCUCCAGACUUGGAUUGACCUGAAAAGAUGUCUGGAUUUCUAGAAGGCGCAAGAUGUUCUGAAUGCAUGGACUGGGGUGAGAAGCGGAAUACUAUUGCUUCCAUCGCUGCUGGCAUUCUAUUUUUCACAGGAUGGUGGAUCAUCAUAGAUGCAGCUGUUAUUUAUCCCAAUAUGGAGGAAUUCAACCACUCAUACCAUGCUUGUGGCGUCAUAGCAACCAUAGCCUUCCUCAUGAUUAACGCAGUGUCGAAUGGACAAGUACGAGGUGACAGCUACAGUGAAGGCUGUCUCGGCCAGACAGGCGCUCGCAUCUGGCUCUUCAUCGGUUUCAUGUUGGCCUUCGGAUCCCUGAUUGCAUCCAUGUGGAUUCUCUUUGGAGGUUAUGUUGCUAAGGAAAAGCCCAUAGUAUAUCCUGGAAUUGCUGUAUUUUUCCAGAAUGCCUUCAUCUUUUUUGGAGGGCUGGUGUUUAAGUUCGGCCGCACGGAGGACUUAUGGCAAUGAAGACACCGCCUCUGCAGCACAGCCGCCCUGCAUGGAUUUUUUUUUCACUGCUCACCUCGUCUUUUGUAAUGCUGUUUUCUAAACUUACUUCUGAGUAUAACCUCAGCUUAAAAUUGUAUAAUGCUAGAAUCAUGAGAACUUCUGUGUAAACUGCAACAGUCUAGUGUGGCGUGCCCGUUCAGCUUUUGCAAUGGGAAAGGAAACUGUUGACAUGAGUAACGUUGUCAGCUUCUAUCAUGGUCUAAAGAGUCGAUUAUGAAAUGGUGGAGUCAUGGGGGUGAGGAUUUGCUCUGGGAUCCAAAGUGUUUACUAAGCAUGGCCUCUUCGUGUCCAGUGUGGAAUAAUGUAUAAACAUUUUCUUGUUAUUAAAAACUAUUCAGGCCGGGCGUUGGUGGCUCACGCCUUUAAUCCCAGCACUCGGGAGGCAGAGGCAGGCGGAUCUCUGUGAGUUCGAGACCAGCCUGGACUACCAAGCGAGUUCCAGGACAGCCUCCAAAGCCACAGAGAAACCCUGUCUCGAAAAACCAAAAAAAAAAAAAAAAAACCAAAAAAAAACUAUUCAGUACUCAGUGCUUUUUCAUUACAUUAUAUGUAUGGCUUGUGUGGUUCUACCAGAAAAUUGUGCGGCUUCCUUUUCAUGAAAAUGGCCUAACAUAACCUGUGAAAAUAGUUCCCGACUCUCUCACACUGGAAGACCUUUCAAAGCGUGUAAAUAAAGAGCUUCAAAUAUCUGUUCAUGUUAGGAACACCAGUGCCACCCAGACUAGUGAAAUCUACCUGCCUCUGCCUCUCGAGUGCUGGAAUAAAAGGCAUGCACCACCA